CUGUAGUGCGGAAGCAGCCGGCGGAGGGGCCGCGGUUUCGGUUGGUGCUCGGGGCGGCUGCGGCCGGCGGCACCCCCCACACGUCCCCCCCCCACACCCCCUCAGCGCCCCGCCAUGGCGGGCAACAUCGGCAACCUGCAGAAAGCAAUAGACCUUGCUAGCAAGGCAGCACAGGAAGACAAAGCAGGCAACUACGAGGAAGCCUUCCGCUUGUACCAGCAUGCUGUCCAGUAUUUUCUUCACGUUAUUAAAUAUGAAGCGCAGGGUGAUAAAGCAAAACAGAGCAUUAGAUUGAGAUGUGCGGAAUACUUGGACAGAGCAGAAAAACUGAAAGAAUAUCUGAAAAAGAAAGAGAAUUCUUCACCAAAACCAGUUAAAGAGUCUGGUCCUGCUGAUGGAAAAGGGAACGAAAGUGAUGG